AUGAAGCAUCAGGUCAGUGCAGCCGUGCCUUUAGGUUGAACCUUUAUACGACGUUUGGUUUGACAAACAAUCACCACCACAUUUACAUUAAACAAAUAUAACAAGGAAAAGCAGAAAAGGGAAAAAAAAUGAAACAUUCAAAUAAUUUUGGCAGUUAAAUGUCCCCAUAAAAAACCUAUUAGGUGGAACUGAGGCAUUAGAAGCGAUAUUUAGCAUAACUGCUAAUAAUUAACUGAGCAGGUAAGGCGAGGUGAGUUUCCUCACCUGCUCUGCUUCAGGUGAAAAGUUCAGAUCUGAAAGCUGAUCUGGACUCCACGCCUUAAUGAGUCGAAGUUCUGAUAGUUCCUACCUGGGAUCAGAGCUGAGCGGAUUAUUUCCACCAUGAGCCUCGUUCUGCAGCCACCGGCGCUGAAGAAGCUGAGGUUGGUGACCUGCAGCCUCGUCUUCAUCCUGGGUGUCGCUCUGCUGCUCCAGACCUUCAGAAUGAUUGACUUAUGUCCUUCCCAGAUUAACGGGCAGCCAGAAUUGCUGAUGUUUAGAAAAACAGAGGAAACAUUUAAUCAGUUGCUCAGGUCAGACAGGAUGUUGCCGCUCCAGGUUCUGACGUACACCUUGCAGCAGCCGGUCGGGUCGGCCGUGGUCCAGAACCAAACCGCAGGAACUACAGUUCUCAAAGGACAGUCAGCCCAUCUGAUAGGAGUCGGUGGCUCCAAAGCGCUGCUGGUGUCUGCUUUUCUGGAGCAUCGAACCAAACCCAAGAAGGUUCUUGUUGUUGCCAUAAUGUUUCGUCAAGAGAAAGUGUCCCUUCAGUGCCGCCUGCUCUGCAGCGAGCAGCGCCACGUGUCCAGAGCCUCCGUCGACAUCCACUGGGAUCACUUCGGCUUUCCGUACGGGACGGCCGAUGUUUCCUGCCCGCUGCCGCCGGCCUGCCAGGCGCCGACCCACGUAGCCGUCACCUCGGCAGCCGCCAGGAACCGAGAUAAAGCUGACCUUGAGUUUUUGGAGGUUCAGAAUCAAAAAGAGCUGAAUGUCUUUCCGUACAACUUCACCAGCUGUUUCUCCACCAUGUACAACUACACCAACAUCCUGCAGCUGGUACAGACGGUGGAGAUGCUGCAGUUACUGGGCGUGAACAGAAUCGUCAUCUACAAGACGAACUGCAGCGUCGAGACGCAGCGCGUUCUGGACUACUACACCGACAAAGGUUUAGUGGAGGUGGUUCCUUGGUCUCUGUCGGAGUAUCUGAAGGUUUCUCGUCGUGCUAAACCCGAUCAGGAUCCUGGUGACAUCCACUACUUCGGUCAGAUCCCGGCGCUCAACGACUGCCUGUACAGAUCCAUGUACCGGUCCAAAUACGUGGCGCUGCACGACCCGGACGAGCUCAUCCUGCCGCAGACGGUCGACAGCUGGUCGGAGCUGCUGCCGCUUCUGGAGAAAAGACACGGCGCUGACCGGUGCUUUUACUUCAAGAACAACUGGUUCCCCACCGAAUUCACGCUGCCUCCUCCGCCGCCGAACGUCCUGCCUGCGCGGGGCCUCUGGCGUAACGUAUCCGGGGCGAACGUCUUGACUCACCUGUACAGCGAACCUGUCAAACCCAAACGUGCCUUCAACAACUUCAAGACCAUCACCAACCCUCGGUCCGUGUUCGUCGUCACCGUCCACGGAGUGCUGCGCUCGCAGAAGAGCUGCGCCUGGGUGGACAGGACGGUCGCCCGGAUGUACCACACCAAAGUCCGAGGACAAACUGGACUGAAGGCCCAGCAGCUGAUUUAUGACGGCAGGCUGCUGAGCUACAGCGGCCGCCUGACGUCGGCCGUCAGCGCCGUCCUCAGGGAGACGCGGCUCCUGCCUGAGGGAGCCAGACGCUGAGCAGGAAGGACUUUUAAUCAAUUCAUAUGGACCAUAUGUUUAUGACUCUACAUGUUACUGUAAAUUAAAACUAUUUCAGCAACA